AUGGCGUUGCUUGGUGAGUGUGCCCAAGUGUGCGGCUGCAAUGAGACAGGAAUGCUGGAGAGGUUGCCCCGCUGUGGGAAAGCCUUCGCCGACAUGAUGCAGAAGGUGGAUGUCUGGAAGUGGUGCAACCUAUCCGAGUUCAUCGUGUACUACGAGAGCUUCACUAACUGCACGGAAGUGGAGACCAACAUCAUGGGCUGCUACUGGCCCAACCCGCUGGCUCAGAGCUUCAUUACUGGCAUCCACAGGCAGUUCUUUUCCAACUGCACCGUGGACAGGGCCCACUGGGAAGAUCCCCCUGAUGAAGUGCUCAUCCCUCUGAUCGCAGUGCCUGUUGUGCUGACCGUGGCCAUGGCUGGCCUGGUGGUGUGGCGCAGCAAGCGCACGGACCAGCUGCUGUGAGGGUCUGCCAGAUGGAAGGCCGUACCUGGCAAACUGGAAGAGCAUUGCCCAGAGCUCUGAGAGCUGGUAGACACUGUUUGGUCUGCUUUGGCCACACCCUACCUGGUCAUGGCAGAAUCCCCCUGCCCAGGCUGAUGUGGAUCUUGCUGUCUCGACAGCUGCCUGAUAGAGCUCAGGCUGACCAUACAAGUGGGCUAGUGGAAGAAAGUGACAAAGCUCAAGUUUGUGUACCAGAUAUGGAAGUCAUCUGUUGCUGGGCCCCACAGCCCCAGGCCAGGAUCCCUAGUCUCUAGCCAUUUCUUGGCAGAAUCUUGUUCAGCCUUGACCCCAGCCAAGGUCCUGACCCAUUUCUAGUCCUGACCCUGAACCCUGCUACACUUGGGUAGAGAGGGCAGGCAAGGUCAUCUGUAAGAUAUGGAGCCCUGGGCCCUUCUAAUUGGGAGAUUGAGUGCAUCUUCUGUUGGACAUGAAGGCCAGCCUGGGGACUGGGGAAUGGAGACAUUAGGAGCCACAUGUCACCUAUGGAUCUGUCUGUCUCUUGUCUGAUCUGUCAUGGUUCUAUGUCCAGUGUGGCCUGGAGCUGGGGAUUGGCCAGCCCUUCAAAGUCUCCUGCCCUGUAGGUGAGGUGUGGGCCUCCUUCUUGAGGGGGCUGCUUGGGAGGAAGUCAU